AUGACUUUUAAUGUUGACGAGGUUCCUGGAACCACGAAGUUAGUUGAAAUGGAUCCUCUAGCUCUUGAGAUGCAUGGAUCCAAAAAUAAACGAGACGAUGUUAUUUUAGUUCCGACACCAUCAGAUGACCCGAAUGAUCCAUUAAACUGGUCAAGAAAAAGAAAGUAUAUGCACAUGUUUUGCCUUGUUGUUUAUGUGUUUAGUGUUGGGAUACCGACAACAUCUAUUUAUUCUGUCCUUCCAGCAAUUGUUGAUGCCACCGAAAUGCUGUUGGAUACUUUAAAUGAUGGAACGGGAUACAUGUUCUUAUUCCUCGGAAUAGGUUGUAUGAUUUUUCUUCCUUUAUCCUUGCAGUUUGGUAAACGUCCAGUUUAUUUAUUUUCACUGUUGGCUUGUUGCCUAAUUAGUAUAUGGCAACCAUAUGCAACGACAAGCGGAACUUGGAUAGGAAGCAAAAUUUUACAAGGCUUUGUUGCUGCUGCCGUGGAGGCGUUACCAGAGGUAUCUAUAUCAGAUGUUUUCUUUGAACAUGAACGAGCAACAUGGAUGGGAGUUUACGCGAUAUCAGUAUUUGGUUCUAACUAUUUGGCUCCUUUAGUAGCUGGUUUUAUCGAAACAGGGAUGGGAUGGAAAUGGGUUAUUUACUUCAGCUGUAUUUGGAAUGCAGUUGCUUUUGUAUUUAUUCUUGUAUUCAUGGAAGAAAGCGGCUAUAGUAGAGCUCCUAUUAAAGCUAUUGAAAAAAUUAAGUCUAUCGAAGAGAAAAAUCCACAAACCAUAAAUGUUAACCAGGUCAUUGACCUCGAGAAAACUAAUUCUAACAUUUCCCCAAUCUUGAGUACCGAAGAACACAUUAAUAAAGAGAUACCGGAAAAAACUUUCGUAGAAAAGUUAAGUUUUCGAAGCCCAUCAAAAAAGUUUCUUCUUUUUCAUUACCUAUUUGGACCUUUCCAAAUGUGUAUGUUUCCAGUGGUCUUAUGGUCAGGGUUCUUGUAUGGCUCGGCUCUUAUUUGGUAUUCGGUUAUGAAUGCAACCCUUUCUUUGGUUCUCACUAGCAGUCCAUACAACUUCUCGAGUAACAUGACUGGAGUGGUUUAUGUUUCACCUUUGAUCUUCGCUAUAAUAUUCUAUUCAUAUGCAGGUUGGAUCUUGGAUUACUUAAAGAUAAGACUUGCAAGAAGAAGAAAUGGAUUAUCCUUAGCAGAAGAUCGUUUGUGGUCCCUAAUAUUAUACAUGAUCUUGGGGCCAGCAUCUUUGAUUCUUUGGGGAGUAGGUGCUGCACAUGAAGUUCAUUGGUUUGGACUAGUGAUUGGAGCUGGUUUAAUGGGUGGCUUAGCACCAAUUGGUUGCAGUGUCAGCGUGACGUACGUGGUUGAUACUUACCAUGAAAUGUCCUGUGAAUGUAUGGUCGUAGUUAUAAUGAUUAGAAAUUUAAUGGGCUUUGCAAUCAAUUAUGGGAUUUCCCCAUGGGUAACAAACAUGGGAUAUCAGAAUUGUUUUAUAACAGCAGCCUUUGUUUGCUUGGCUUGUUUCUCCACUUCACUUUUGAUGAUUGCUACUGGUCCAUAUUGGAGGAAAAAGUCAAAGAAUCUUUACUGGAAUUUGGUAACAAAAAAACACUUAAGAGAAGGCAUCACAAAUAUUUAG